AUGGUAAGACUAAAUGAUUCCUCAAAUUGCGAAGAACAUCUGCCUGGUCUUUCUAAUGAAUGGAAUAUAAUAAAAUCGAUCAUAUCGAAUCAAGAAACAAAUAGUUUGAAUCUUAGGUCUGGACUUGAGCAAAUUCCCAUCCCAAUAGAUCAAUAUCUCAAAAGUCUAGAAUGGAUUGAUCAGCACAUAUUCUCUCUUAUCUGGCCCGAUAAAAGUGGUGCUAUUAAACUCAGAAACAUUCCAGAAGUUGAAUCAUACAAACAAAAAAGCAUUAAAUGUUUUCAGAAUACGUCAAUACAUACCAAAUAUCCAGCCAUGUUGCAACGAGUUCGAUGUCUAAUACUAGCGUCAGAAAACAAGUUCAAGAAAGAGUCUUUCAAAGAGCUAUUACCCCUUCUUACUUAUAUAUCUAAUAGAGGAAUUGAGGGUCAAGAUCGGGAUGACAUUUACGCCCUUCAUAGAACGAAUUGCUCGAAAACAUCAACCCUUACAACAAUUGAAAUUGACUGGAUGCUUAUUUUGAAAAAUCAAUAUGAUGAAGCACUCGAGAAAGCCAUAGAGAAGGCAGACUGCAUUUUCUACGUGAUAAAUAAGUUGAAUUUAAAGGAUACAAGCAAAAUGCUUACAGACCUUGUAAAGAUUUCACAACGCUGUACUAAAAACCAAAAAAUCGAAAUUCUGUGGCUUCAUAAUAGUGAUGACACGGAGAGAUUCAGUGUGUACGAAUUCCUAGUGACGAAAUUAAUGAAAUGCUUUUCCUUCAGAGAGAAAUUUUUAGACAAAAACCGAUGGAGAAUGUGGUCUUUGGACGCUUCGUGCUACUCAAAAUUUCAAUUUCUUCUUGAAUGGGCCUGCUAUGAGGCCAUCAAAAGGAAAGUAGAACAUGAAGAGGAAUUUUUGAUUAAUACGCUAGAGGAAAUUGCCAUUCUUUCUGAGUAUAUUCAAUGUGAUCGCGGUCUUUAA